UUCGGACAGAGACCUUGCUCAUACAAAGGAACAGUACAUUACUCGUACGACUACGCACAGCAGCUGCACUAUCCUGCAAAUCCUAACCAGCCUGGACCAAUCUAUUUUAAAACGCCAAGAAAAUGUGCACUCUUUGGUGUAUGCUGUGAAGCAAUUCCUCGCCAAGUCAAUUUUCUUAUUGACGAAAACGUUUUGACAGGGAAAGGAGCAAACAGCACAAUCUCCUACGUUCAUUACUUCUUCGAGCACCAUGGAUUAGGCAAGACUGACGCUCAAGUCCACGCAGAUAACUGCAGGGCCCAAAACAAAAAUUCUGGGUUUUUGUGGUACUAUUUGUGGCGUGUAAACAAUGGACUGCAAAGCAGUAUAAACUAUGACUUUCUAUUGCCCGGACACACAAAGUUUGCCCCUGACUGGUGUUUUGGUUUAGUUAAGCAAAAGACAAGACGUACCUUUAUUUCAUCUCUGUUUGACAUUGCCUGAGCGGUUGAAGAAUCUGCUUCAGUUAGCGUUGCCGAGUUUGUCGGCUUACACAACGGAACAGUUCGUGUGCCUACAUUUGAUCCGGCCACUUACCUAGGACAAUUCUAUAAGAAAGUACCUAACAUUAAAUCAUAUUUUCAUUUUCGAUUCAACAAGGAGUUCCCAGGAACUGUAUUUUGCAAGCAAUACUGGUUCUCGGAAGAAAAGGCCAUUAACUUUCCCCGAAACAGAAAUCAGCUUCCGCAACCUGGUCAACUCCCCGACAUAAUCAAUCCCCAAGGCAUCAGCCGGGAACGUGCUGAGUAUCUUUAUAAAGAGAUGGGAGAAUUUUGUCGCGAUGGAACUGAAAAUUUGGUUGCUCCACCUGUUUAA